GUUGCUGUUGGAAUUUAACCAUUUGUCAAGAUCCUUGCCGUUUACGUGAAUAAGACGAGUAGUUGCGGUAUAUGUCGAUGACGAUGCGCAGAGCCAUUACUGUAGGCUUUGUGUAGGGACGCUCAUCCGUACCCUUGCUUCUGAGUUAGAUUACGUACUAACAAAGAUCCAGGGUAACGUUUCCAGGUUAUCUCCUUGCAAAGGAACACAAAUACGAGACAAUGAUCCCUCGAUAAUUCCCGUAGAACGUGCUAAGCGUAGAGCUUAGAGGUUCCUAGCUGUUUUAUGGAAGUCAGGAAGGGCGACUAAUCCCUAAGUGUUUCCCAUGUUGGUCAGUCCUGCUUCUGACAGUUUGAUUAAACGAGAUCGUUCGAGCCUGCAGGAAUGAGGAUCAUCGGCGGGACCGGCUGCACUACGAUUCCCAUGCUAGAAUGCACCUGGUCCAGGUCUCACUACAGCCCCAGUAGAAACGAUCUUCCAAUGCAGUACCCUACCUUGGCAGAGUGCAUCCUCCAAGAGAAAAAAAAAGACAGGCUCGUCUCUCCAGGAAUAAAUUCCCCACAGCAUCGAAAUCACUGGGUAAAAUCGUAAAGGAGAUCUAUCGUGCCGUAGUUCCUGAAUCACUAUGCUCCGACCUCGACCUUCAUAAAUUCAAGCAAUGGCCACCAUGGCGAAUCGUCAAUGGGUGAUUUGCUAGUAAUCGUAUACGGGAACAGGAGUUUCAUCCUUUAUAUAUACGAUUUAUGCCAAUCUGAUGGGGCUCUGGUUUAGGAGAGAGGAACGUGAUAGGACUUACCUCUCCAUUGGGGACCUAACGCCCAUUCGAGUUUACUAUUAUACGGCCCUGAGACGUGGUGCGUGGCCAAGUUGCGCGGCGGUUCUUUGACUCGUUGGGAGUCAGUCAACUCGGUGACGGCUUCCAUGUAGCGUCGCAUUCAGAGUUCGCGUCCGGGUUUACCUGAUCGCACGCGGGCAUAUUAAGUGUUCCUAUAAUCCUGUUCAAAAGAUAUUGCUACUGUUAUCUUAUACAAUUUUUUAAGACUACCCGGCGAUUAUUUCUUUUUCAAUUUUCAAACUUUACGAGAGUUUUUUUUAUCAACUAUUAUAUCCGCGCCAAGUGUUCGAUCUCAAGAAUUUCGGUGUACAAUGAUGCACAUUAUAAUUGACAGGUGAUAUUAAAAGAGGACUAGCAAUCUUAAAAGUUUUUGAAGUGUCGAGUGUGAUAAAACUAUAAAUCUAAAAACUGUGUCAACAUAACAAAAUAAAAGUACACGAAACAAAUGUCCAUUAAGUUCGCGAAGAUCUUGAUGUAAAUUAAGUGAAGCACAGGACGAAGGUCCUGACCACAAGCCGGUCCUAUGUAAAAAGAUCUAGAGAUCCAGAUCGCUCGACUUUACGAACCGUGAUCUAAACGGUAGAAAGGAGAAUACUACAAGGUCCUUGGACACCGUAAGGAGUUAUAUUUAUAUGAGCAAUGGGAAGCGAUCUUACGAAAUAAUAAUUCGCCAUACCGAUCGUUUACGGUAGUUCUUGAAGAAGGCACUGGAGCAGUUCUAUUGAAAAAGAAAAACUAAGAACACUCCUAAGUCAUUCAUAGUAAAUAAAAGUUUUUCUCCAAGUCUUCAUGAUGGAGGACGAGCUAAGGUGUCCCUCGUGUAAGGAAUUAUUUACGGAUCCAGUGUUAUUGCCGUGCUGGCAUGCAUUGUGUCUUUCGUGUGCCGUGAAUUUGCAAGCACCACCGGAUUCACCACCAGAAUCAACGACGGAUUCCUCAAACGCACCAGGUUCUGACCAGGAAGCCGACAAGCUGUCUAUACUGUCCGAAACGGAUUCCGGAGUUGUCUGCAGCAGCACGUCUACCAGUUCUCGGCCAGGAAGUUACGUGGGUACUCCAGGAAAUGGUGGCUUUCCACCCUCUGGUGGUACCUUGUGCUUAUCCUGUCCCGUGUGCCAGAAGAACGUCUACUUCGACGAGGGUGGCGCACAUAACUUACCCAAGUACAGAGCGAUGCAACGCAUAGUCGAAAAGUACCAGGACGCCAGGAACAUACGCUCCCAGUGUCAAAUGUGCGAAGGGGAACCUAGGGAAGCUACAGUGGCGUGCGAGCAAUGUGAGGUUCUUUACUGCGACUCCUGCAGGGAAUCCUGUCAUCCCAAAAGGGGCCCACUGGCUGCGCACAAUCUGGGCCCACCAAGAGGCAGCUGGCAAUCGAAUAACGUUAAGGGCCCGCGAGGAUUGGGGCACGACGGUAUACCACAUUGCUCCGAUCACAAUGGCGAAUCUGUCAGCCUCUACUGCGCCCUGUGCAAAUCCGCCACGUGUUCCUUGUGUCUGCGGGAUCGGCACGCUGCACAUCCUCACGACGUUUUACCACUGGCAGCAGCUUGUAAGGCCCAGAAG